AUGAAGUUCAUGAAACUUGGAUCUCGUCCAGAUACUUUCUACACUUCUGAGUCCAUAAGGUCAAUCUCUUCUGAAGUUUCUAGUGACCUCAUAAUUCAAGUAAGGGGAAGUAGAUAUCUUCUUCAUAAGUUUCCUUUGUUGUCAAAAUGCUUAUGCCUGCAAAGAUUAUGCUCAGAAUCACCUCCAGAUUCAUCUCAUCACCAAAUAGUUCAACUUCCUGAUUUUCCUGGUGGAGUAGAAGCAUUUGAGAUGUGUGCUAAGUUCUGCUAUGGAAUCACCAUCACUCUAAGUCCUUACAACAUUGUGGCCGCAAGAUGUGCUGCUGAGUAUCUCCAAAUGACUGAGGAAGUUGAGAAAGGAAACCUGAUUCACAAGCUUGAAGUUUUCUUCAAUUCUUGCAUCCUCUACGGAUGGAAGGAUACCAUAGUGAGUCUUCAGACCACAAAAGCGUUGCAUCUGUGGUCUGAAGACUUGGGAAUUACAAGCAGAUGCAUUGAAAUUAUUGCGUCGAAAGUCUUGAGGCACCCUACGAAGGUGAGUUUGUCGCAUAGUCAUUCUAGAAGAGUGAGAGAUGAUAUAUCUUGCAAUGAUACAGAAAGUUUGAGAACCAAAUCAGGAAGCAAAGGAUGGUGGGCUGAAGAUUUAGCAGAACUUAGCAUAGAUCUUUAUUGGAGAGCAAUGAUAGCAAUCAAAUCUGGUGGCAAGGUUCCUUCAAAUUUCAUUGGCGAUGCGUUAAAAAUUUAUGCAUCUAGAUGGUUACCAAGCAUUUCCAAGAACGGAAAUAGAAAGAAGAAUGUUUCGCAGGCUGAGUCUGGAUCAGACUCCGCCAGCGAAAAAACUUCAAAGCAUAGGCUUCUCUUGGAGUCAAUAGUAAGCUUGCUUCCAACCGAAAAAGGCGCUGUUUCUUGUAGCUUUCUUUUGAAACUGUUGAAAGCUUCAAAUAUUCUCAAUUCUUCUUCAUCUUCAAAGAUGGAAUUGGCAACAAGGUUCAUGUUACAAGGACAAAGUCCACCAACAAGUCCUUCAAGAUCCUUGAAGACCUUUGAAAGGAGACGGUCUCGUUCGGCCGAGAAUAUUAACUUCGAAUUACAAGAGAGUAGGAGAUCCUCUUCAGGUUCUCACAGCUCAAAAUUGAAAGUGGCAAAGCUUGUGGAUAGGUACCUUCAAGAAGUUGCAAGAGAUGUCAAUUUUUCAUUGUCUAAAUUCAUUGCUCUUGCUGAUAUUAUACCAGAAUUCGCAAGACAUGAUCAUGAUGAUCUCUACAGAGCCAUCGACAUUUAUCUCAAGGCUCAUCCAGAACUCAACAAGAGUGAAAGGAAAAGAUUAUGCAGAAUUCUCGACUGCAAAAAACUAUCAAUGGAAGCAUGCAUGCAUGCAGCACAAAACGAGUUACUCCCUUUAAGAGUUGUUGUGCAAGUUCUCUUCUUCGAACAAGCUAGAGCUGCAGCAUCAGGUGGCAAAGUAACCGAAUUGCAAACCAAUAUCAAAGCAUUGCUUACAACACACGGCAUCGAUCCAUCAAAACACACAACAGCACAGUUAAGCACUACUACAAGCAUUCAAGGCGAGGAUAACUGGAGCGUUUCUGCCUUCAAGUCACCGAAACUAAGGUCGACAACUCUAAGAAUGAAACUAGCCGAAGAUCAUGACGAGUUUGCUGAAAACGGUUUGGUGAAUGACAGUGGAAUCGGAAGAAACUCUAGAUUUAAAUCCAUUUGUGCUCUUCCUACACAACCAAAAAAAAUGCUUAGCAAAUUAUGGUCUACCAAGUGA